GAGUUGGUAAUCAAGGUCAAGGAAACUGUUUUGGAGAAACUGAAGACCCAGUCAUCUGUGUCAUUAACAACUGACCUCUGGUCUGAUCGCAGGCUACGCUCCUUCCUUGGGGUGACCGCCCACGUGUGCUACAAAUCAAAGGAUUCCUAUGCACUUGAAUCCUACCUGCUGGACUGUAGGCGUUUCACAGGCAGACAUACUGGAGAGCACAUUGCGUCUGCCUUUGAGGAGAUCACAGAGGAAUACGGUAUCCAUGACAAAAUUAGCUAUAUCAUAACAGACAAUGCUGCCAAUAUGAAAUGUGCUUUCAAAGUACACAUGCCCCAAUCUGAUGACAGCGAGAGUGAAGAGGAGCAUUUAGAUGACGAGCACCUGUGGGAGGACAUUAAUUCUCAGGAAGACACCGAAUUACCCUGGUCAUCUGGUGCACGUCUUUCCUGCUUUGCACACUCUCUGCAAUUAGUUGUGAAUGACGGCAUGAAGGAGGUCAAGGCCAUUUCUCACACAAUAGCCAAAACAUCACGGUUCACCACCUUAUUGCAUAGCAGUUCACAAUUCAAAGACAAGUUUGAGGCUACGUUUGGCACUAAUAGGACCAUUCCAGCUGCAAACACAACUCGAUGGAACAGUAUAUUUAAACAAGUACAGGCCUUCACAGCUCUGGACCACAAAGCCCUGAAUGAAAUGUGCAGCAAGGAUCACGAGGAGUUGGUGUUUAGUGCCCGUGAGUGGAACCAGCUGAAGGAACUGAGUGCAGUUCUUGCUCCAUUUUCUGAGGUAACAGACCUGACAGAAGGGGAGAAAUCAGUUACCAUUAGUAUGGUGGUUCCAACUGUCCUGGACUUGAAUACACACCUCCUCAAGAUGGAGGACACUCGAAUGCAGUGCCAGUCAUUGGUCAGAGCCCUCCAGCAGUCUCUGGUGAAAAGAUUUUCUGGAAUCUUUUUAAAAACAAGCAUGGCCAAAGACAGUGGAAGAGAGGAACCUUUUAACCACAAUGUUUACUUCUUGGCCACCAUGCUGGAUCCUCAGUUUGGCUUAAGCUGGGUGGACUUAGAUGUUACCAAUGGGGGAAAUUCAACAUCAGUGAAAAAGUUCAGAGAUGAGCUUAAGAAGACACUGACAGAAACAUUGAUCUUAGAGGUGGAGAAGAUGAUGGACAUGAAAGAAGACACCUGCUCAGAAGUUGUGAAUGUGGAUCCAGCCGCAGCCAGUGAUUCGCCACCAAACAAAUACCCUCGCCUUCUGUCCCGCUACAAGGCAUACAAAAAGCACAGCUCAGACCAGGAUUCAAGCAUACACACACAGAUAAGGAAAUACUUUGAUGCCAUCCGUGACUUUGACACAGACAAUGCACUUGUCUUCUGGGCAAAAAACCACACUAGAUUUCCACAACUGCACAAUUUGGCAAUGAAGGUCCUAUCAGUCCCUGCCUCCUCUGCACCAGUGGAAAGGGUUUUCAGUCGAGGAGGCAUUUUAAUGAGACCCCAUCGUGCACGUUUAGGCCACAGAAUGUUGCAAUCACUCAUAUUUCUUAAAUGCAAUGAAACACUUCUUUAAACUCCAAUAA